ACUUGCUUGCUUGGCUUCUCGAGUUUCAUCAUCUUCUUUCCUUCUCUGGAGAUUUCUGUGCAAUUGAACAUGGAAGCUGCCAAGGAAGAAUUUCUCAAGGAGUUUGGCCACGAUUACGGGUAUCCCAACGGUCCCAAGAACAUUGAUGAACUUCGAGCCACUGAAUUCAAGAGGUUACAAGAUCUCGUAUACUUGGAUCAUGCUGGAGCCACUUUAUACUCCGAUGAGCAGAUGGGGUUGGUUUUCAAAGAUCUUACUAGUAAUGUAUACGGAAAUCCUCAUAGCCAAAGUGACUCCAGUUCUGCUACAUUGGAGAUCAUGAAAGAAGCUCGUCAGCAGGUCCUUGACUACUGCAAAGCAUCUCCAAAAGACUAUAAAUGUAUAUUUACCUCCGGGGCUACAGCAGCAUUGAAGUUGGUUGGCGAGGCUUUUCCAUGGAGUUGUAAGAGCCAUUUCAUGUAUUCAAUGGAGAAUCAUAAUAGUGUUCUUGGAAUAAGAGAAUAUGCUCUGGAUCAAGGAGCUUCAGCUAUUGCGGUAGAUAUUGAAGAAGACAUGCAUCCUGGUAUAUCUGGAGAUACAAUUUCCGUAAGGAUAUCACCUCACCAAGUACAAAGGAGAAAAGGAUAUGGAUUGCAAGAGCAAGAGCCUGCUGGUGAUGUGUAUGAUUUGUUUGCCUUCCCCUCGGAGUGCAAUUUCUCAGGGUUGAGAUUUAGCCUUGACCUGGUGAGGAUUAUCAAGGAAGACUCGAGAAGGAUUCUGGGAGAUUCUUCGUUUUGCAAGAAUGGCCAGUGGAAAGUCUUGAUUGAUGCCGCAAAAGGAUGUUCUACUAAACCUCCUGAUUUAUCCAAGUAUCCUGCAGAUUUUGUUAGUAUUUCCUUUUACAAGAUGUUCGGCUAUCCAACUGGGCUUGGAGCUCUCAUUGUUCGUAGUGAUGCGGCCAAAUUGCUGAAGAAAGCAUACUUUAGCGGAGGUACUGUUGCUGCAUCAAUUGCUGACAUUGAUUUUAUCAAGAGAAGGGAAGCAAUUGAAGACCUGUUUGAGGAUGGCACUGUGUCAUUCUUGAGCAUAGCAUCUAUUCGCCAUGGCUUCAAGACCCUGAAUUCCCUAACAGUAUCAGCAAUAUCACGGCAUACAAUAUCCCUUGCCUUGUAUACAAGGAAAAUGCUUUUGGCCCUUAGGCAUGGGAAUGGAUCCAGAGUGUGCGUACUCUAUGGAUGUCAUAAAUCAAGGGAAUUGUGUCAUGAAAUGGGUCCAACAGUCUCAUUCAACAUGAAGAGGCCAGACGGUUCUUGGUAUGGAUAUCGAGAAGUGGAAAAGCUGGCAUCUUUAUCAGGAAUUCAGCUACGGACAGGAUGCUUCUGUAAUCCAGGUGCUUGUGCAAAAUACCUUGGGCUGUCUCACGUGGAUCUGCUUUCUAACACAGAGGCCGGCCAUGUUUGCUGGGAUGAUCACGAUAUAAUUAAUGGAAAGCCAACUGGAGCUGUGAGAGUAUCCUUUGGCUACAUGUCAACAUAUGAAGAGGCCAAGAAAUUUGUUGAUUUUGUAGCUGGUUCCUUCGUUUCAUCUGAAAGUCCCAUCAGCAAUAUAAAACAAUUGAAUGGCUUUUACAGGUGUUCAUUGUCUUCUGGUUACUCUCUUCAAUCUAUUACUAUAUACCCAAUAAAAUCCUGUGGUGGUUUCAGCUCAGGCAGUUGGCCUCUUAGCAACAAUGGCCUGAAAUAUGAUCGAGAGUGGAUUCUUAAAAGCAUUAGUGGUGAAAUUCUUACACAAAAAAAGGUUCCUCAAAUGUGUUCUAUAAGUACCUAUAUUGACGUCAGUCAAGGGGUGUUGUUUGUGGAGUCCUUACAUUGUAAACAAAGAUUAGAAAUCAAGCUAGAUUCGGAUGUGGACAUUGGUGGUAGAGAGGAUGUUGAUUUAUAUGGUCAGAGGUAUAUAGUUCAUAGUUACAAUGAAGACAUCAAUGCUUGGUUUAGCAAAGCCACUGGUAGACCAUGCACUCUGUUACGUAAUUCUACUUCUGAUCAUGAUUUAAUGUUGUACGAGGCCAAAGACACAGUUACAUGUAGAGACACAAAGAGCAAGCUCAAUUUUGCCAAUGAAGCACAGUUCUUGCUUGUGUCUGAAGAAAGUGUACUUGAUCUCAAUGACAGAUUAAGUCCAUAUGUACAGAAAGGCUUAUCUGUAGCAGACACGCAAGUCAGUCCAAGUAGAUUUAGGCCAAACCUUAUGGUAUCUGGAGGCCGGCCAUAUGAUGAAGAUGGAUGGAGAAGCCUUAAAAUUGGAAACCAUUAUUUCAGAUCACUAGGGGGAUGUAACCGUUGCCAGAUGAUCAAUCUUUCACCGAAAGAUGGACAAGUGCACAAGUCAAAUGAACCCUUGGCGACUUUAGCAUCAUACAGAAGAGCAAAGGGGAAGAUCUUGUUUGGGAUUUUGCUUAGAUACGAAUCUAAUGAUGGAGGGGAACAAAGUGAUUCAUGGCUUCGUGUGGGACAGCAUGUUCAUCCAGAUCCUGUUUAGUUGGUCAGCAGUUUGAUCAAAAUAAGGAAAUAUUUGAGUAUAUAGCCUAUACACACAACAUUCCAAUAACAACAUACAAGGAAGGAAGAAAAAUAAAUUCAAUCUCCAUGAGAGAAAAGAGAGUGGAAAAUCCCAGUGGUUGGUAUAUUUUAUUGUUGAUCUCAGCCAAAUAUUUUAUGUUGUAUAUUGACAACAAAGAGAGUAUAUGAACAUGUGGAUCCUUUCCAAUGUAGAAGAUUUCAAUUAUAAUUACAUAUAGAGAUUAAAAUAAGUUAA